AUGCUUACCAGUUUACAGAAUCCAGCACCGACACAACUGGCGCAUUUCGAUACAUCAAACGGAUUCUCAAGUGCUAUUGUUAGUCCGGUGAAUAUGGAUACUUCAACAAAUCCGCAAGAGAAUGUUGGACAGAAGAAUCAAGAUUUUUCCAGCGUAUCCAGUUUAAUCAGCCCGCAAGAUUCGCCAACAUAUAAUCCAGACAGAAGUUUGAGUUCAGAUGGCCCAACAAUUGCGCUCCCCUCGAAGAAUCAAGAGGAGGCAUCUGGAAUAGAAAGGCCAAAAAUUUCGACUUCGACUACUCCCAUGACUUCAUCCGGUAUAAACAGUCCGGCAAGCACGGAAAGUCAGAUGUCUUCACCGGCAAGAAUUACAACCACCCAGCACCAAAUCGUCGAAGAAGUGUUCAAUGAGUAUCUUAAACCAAUAGUUCCACGCCCAUCACAGCACAGAGAAUUAUUUUAUGGGAUUUUAAAAUCCUUUCUGCUCCUAGAGAAUAGGCCGAUCGCGGUAAAGGAUUUAGUGAAGGUCGUAAUAAAAAAUAAAUUUGCAAAACCAAAAGGUUCAACUCCACACCAAACAAUUUCAGCGGCAUUGUCUAUGUACAUAAAUAACAACGAAGCAAAAACUGAAACAGAUGCAAUAUUAUACAAGAUGGAACGAAGAAGCAAAGAUAUAGCUUCGCGCGUUUUCUGGUCGUUAAAUCUAAAUAAUCCUAAAAUCCGAGUUGUCUUAAAUGUGCUCACAGAAAAACUUCGGGGAACAAGUUUUUCACCCCUGUCAGAAGUAUCCUCUCUAGAAUCAACAGUCACUUCUCCGGGAGCAGAAACGCCAGAAAUGCCGACAUUAAAUAUAAAUUCCCCAAUAAGUUUACCAAAAGCAUCAGAAAUGCCAACUUCAAUUAUAACGUCGUCUCCAUCAGCGACUUUAUCACAAAUACCAGAAAUUUCGAUUACAACAUUAACUUCUUUAUCACCACAACCAUCACAACCAUCUGUUGUAGCCGAAGAACCUAUAACUAAACAAAAAGAGCUAGCAAGAAAAAGUAAAAGAAAAUACGUGCCCGAUUCGGCAGAAAAUCAACGAGUUACCAGGAGGAAAACAGAACAAAUAAAGAUCGACUCAAUCUUACAACCGCCUCCAAGUCUCACGGAUCAGGAGGAGAUAAAAAGACGUAGAGUAAAUCAGUUAGUUGAAAAAUAUUUCGGUGGAUUGAGUUUGCAUCCGGAAGGAAAAUUUUUGAUAGCGGGUAUAAAGGGGCUUUUGAUGUUGGGCAAUCAGGAGACAAGCAUCAAGAAUCUGGCGAAUGCAGUUAUUAAAUAUAGGUUUGUAGGGUUAUGCGGCUUCCCGCAACCACCAGCAAUUACAUUGUACAUAAGUAUGUGCGAAUGCCUUCAGAGUAUGGACGUACAAAAGUCAUCUUUCAUAAAAAAGAUUCGUCGGGAUACCAGAUCCGGCAUCGCCUGGAAAUUAGAGGAAACUCAUUCAGAUGUUCGAAAGAUUUUUCAAGAACUCUAA